AUACAUAGAAUUGUUGUGCUGUAUUUUUUUUCACUUUAAUUGACUGUUUAGCUAUUUUAUUGGUGUGUUUUUAUCUCUCAUUGUCAUUUACUCGCUGUGGGUCAACGUAUCAUUCAGAAAUGACCGAUAAGAUGUACUCUACGCUGCAGAAUUCGGUGGACUACACUGGGAGUCAGUUGGACAUUGUGGCGAGUCAGCUGUCGGCUGUGGAAAAGAAUCUGCCCACUGAGUGUGAGGAAGGAGAUGUGGCGUCCGUGAUGGAGCUCCUGGAGACUAUGACAGAGGUGAAGAAUGAGUACCAGAACCUGAAGAAGGACCUGCAGGAGGUGCAGCAACUGCAAAAGCAAAUGACCCACUCACUGCGGUACCAAAUGAGAGAAUUAGCACAGACAUUUAGUUUGCUAAAGAAGAGAAUCGAGAGCACGGCCCCAUCGCCACCCCCCAAUUGAAGGGAACGCGAGUGGAGCGCUGGCUCAGUCCUUUUUUCAGUUGCGCGUGACUUAGCUUCAAUUUUUGUGUCCUGGCAAAUGCUUUAUGUGCUCCACAAAUUGUUUUAUUUUCCUCAUAUUGUGUCUCAUCAAAAUUGCAUGUUCACAAGAAUUUCAGCAAAAAUUUGUAAAUAUCCAUCGGCAAACACACCUGACCAUGUUUGCCGCGCAUAUUCUCAUUGCCAAAAAUCACGCCACAGCAGAUGGCAACAGAAUCAUGUUCACUAGGAAGACACAGUUCUUAGAUGUUAGGCUUCUCAGAGACAAGCACUCAUAGUGGAGAGAAAGUUUACGAUAAUUUUAAGUGUAUGUGAAAUAUUCUAAUUGAACUGGAAGUGUUUGCGGGACGACGGGGUGAGUGGAACUGUGAAUGCCGGGGUAAAAUCUCCACGAAAGGAGAAGUAAUACUUAGAGGAAAAAUACAUGUCUGAAACUAUGUAUUGAUAUGAUCCGUUUUUUUACACGGGAUUUUAUAUCAUACGCCUUAUUUUUUGACAAAUAUAUUUUUUAGGACAAGACUUCAUAAUUGAAUGUUUAAACCCAUUACACUGAUAAAACAAUUUUACGUUUUAGCCUCUCAGAUUACAUUGAUAUCAUUUUAUGCCAGAGAAUCUUUCCGCUGGGGCGUUAUUUUGCUUUAAAAGAAAUCAGCCCGUGAUACGAACGCAUGGGAUGACUUAGCGAUGAUCUUUCCGUCUUAUUUUCAUUUAUUACUUCCACUAUUGUUUGUGCUGUGUGAUUUCUUCACGUAGAUUCAUUAGCAUUAGUAGAUGGUAUUAAAUUACGUAUAUAUAUAUAUAUAUUGAGUCAAUUUUGGGAAAUCUUAAGGCAAAAUAUAUAAGAUGUAAUUGAUAAAAAUGAAUGUUGUGAGCACGAAGGAAUCAAAACUGUAAGUAUCAGAUGCCAUGAAUCAAUGAAUCUACUUCAAAAUGCCAAUAAUAUACUCUGAUAGUAGUUGCGAUGAGCCUGUUGAUAUCUCUAGCGAAUAUAAAUUGAUUUUCUCUCAGGCGGAAGCCACAGAGAGAGAAAUACUCGUAGCAAAAUAUACCACUGAAACUUAUGGACACUUUAUGGACCCACGACGACACAAUAAUUCUCUCUGAAACGUAUUCGAAUGAUAAGCAUAAUCACGUUCUUAUAUUACACAUUUCGAGUUGAAGAACAGUUAUGUGUUUGAUAAUCGAAAAGUAAAAAAAAAAAAUCAAAAAUCGUCACUUUUUACCACACAUUCCUAAACAUAUCCAAAUCGAUAUGGAAGAUGUUUUGUGAGGGAACUUGUUUUUCACUUGAUGUUGGUGUUUUUCUUAUAAUAAAUUUAAUAGUUGAUAUAAUAGAAA